AUGUGGCAUACCAAUACUAUUACUCAUCUUCUUCUUAUCAUUCUCUUUUGCAUAUUAUCACAAUCCACCACUGCCACUGAUUUCAACAAAUCACUAGAGGCAAAAGCUUUGCUUGCCACUAAUUGGUGGGUAGGUGAAAAUGCUUCAGAUCACUGUAAAUGGCAUGGAAUAGCUUGCAAUGAAGCAGGAAGUGUCACUGAAAUAAAUUUGAACGAUCAUUACCUUGGGGAUCGACCUGAUAUGGGAAACCUCGACUUCUCUUCAUUUCCAAACCUUGUUGGCCUUUAUAUUGAAAGCUGUGGUCUUGAGGGAAGCAUCCCAGUGCAGAUUGGUUUGCUAUCAAAUCUGACAUAUCUUUCACUUUGGGCGAAUCGGCUCACAGGUAACUUACCUGUUUCCCUCACCAAUCUUACCCAUUUAAAGCACCUUGAUCUUUAUAGCAACAAUUUCAGUGGUAAGUUACCUGCCUCUUUCACCAAUCUCAUCCGUUUAGAAUACCUUUCUCUUUCUAGUAACAAAUUCAGCGGUAGCUUACCUAUUUCGCUCACCAAUCUCAUCCAUUUAAAACACCUAGAUCUUAAUAGUAACAAUUUCAGUGGCAACUUACCUGUCUCUUUUACGAAUCUUACCCAUUUAGAAUACCUUUCUCUUUCUAGUAACAACUUCAAUGGUAUGUUGCCUCUCGGUUUCACCAAUCUCACCCGUUUAAACAACCUUAAUCUUUCUGAUAAUAAUUUCAGAGGCAAGUUGCCUGUGUCUUUCACCAAUCUCAUCCAUUUGGAAUAUCUUGAUCUUUCUGGAAACAACUUCAGCGGUGAGAUACUUGAUUCACUAACUAAUCUCAUCCAUUUAGAACACCUUGGUCUUUCCUCUAACAAUUUAAGCGGAAACUUACCUGUUUCCCUCGCCAAUCUCACCCAAUUAUUAUUCCUUUAUCUCAGUAAAAACCAGCUUACGGGUCCAAUCCCACCAUCUUAUGGUUCCAUGGUCAAUCUCAGAGUCUUAGACUUUAGCACAAAUCAGCUGAAUGCAUCCAUCCCAACAGAAAUUAGUAAUUUAAAAUAUCUAGAAACAUUGAAUUUGGGUGACAGCAAUUUUGACGGUCCAGUUCCCUCAAAUUUUGGUAAUCUAAGCAAGUUGUAUUUUUUAAACCUUGGCAUGAAUUCCAUUAGUGGCCACAUACCGCUAAGUAUAGCAAAUCUGAUCAACUUACAACAACUGGACCUUAAUCAUAAUAGUCUUGUGGGUCCGAUUCAUGGAAACCUGUCUAGACUUUAA